AUGGCCAGCACCCGUCGCCUCGACGACGAGGAUGUGGACGUGUAUUUUGCCCAGCAUGACAUCCAGAGCGUCGUCAGCGACAUGUUGUAUGAGCUCGGCUACCACCGACCAGAGCAGGUGGGACCCUUUCUGGCAACCUUUGUGGACCGCCGCUUUGAGCUCGACGGAGCGGUUUCCCGGACACGAGGUGGCGCCAGUCGAAAUUUCGGUUCUGCUUCCGACCACUUUGACACCCUGAGCGUGAACGCCUCCUCCUCGCAUCCGACUUCGGAGGAGGUCAUCGUGGGUCAGCUGCUGCUAGAGAUCCGCGGCCUGCGUCGCAAGUAUUCUGACUUCGCUGCGGAGGUCACUCAAGGAAAAGGUGACCAUAGCAGCGCAGCUUCGGUGUCUGUCAUCGCGUGGCACGAGUUCCACAGCGACUACGAUCGCCUGCUCAUGCUGCUCAGCAAUUCGAUGCUGUGGAAGUUCUGCCAGCGGCGUUUGGCCAUGCUCCGGGGACUCUUCGAGGCCCACCGGGCCUUGAACGCCCAUUUCGAGGAGGAGGAGGCUUUCGGGGCAGCACCUGCUCGAGUGGAUGGCUGUGUCCGGGUUGGCCGAUUGCUGCCACCCGGAAGGCUGAUGGCCUUCUUCCAAAGCAAGCGCAGCGACUCCAGCGAGGAGGCGCAGCAGGAUGCCUUGAACGAGCUCCUGCUCGAGUGGCAGGGUCGACCGCCUGGACCGGAAGAUCUCACCAGCGAUCCGGACGUGCUGGCCCCAUCGAUGAAGAGCUUGAAGGGGCUCUUUUCGAGUACAACCAAUGCACUUCACGGCUCGUACUUGAAAGAGAUGCUGCUGGAGUCGGUCCGGCUGCUCGAGCAAACCUCGCCUUCCACGGGUGGCGCCACUUAUGCCGAGUACAGGCUGCCGCUUUAUCCGGAGGAUGGCGCUUGGUUUGACCUGGCCAAAUGGAGUGCUUCCCUGGGUCCGCUGAGCUCGCGGGUGCGCUGGGUGAUUCAGCUCCCCCAAGCCGGCUAUGCAAGCCUCAAGGCGCGCCGCACCAUCCUGGACUAUGGGGAGCUGCUGGGCAAUGCGUUCGGGCCGCUGCUGAAGUUGGUCUUGGAGGAGCCCCAAUCGGAGGCCUUCCAAAGGCUUGGAGACCUUCUGAGCAAUGCCGUGGCCUUCGAGGUCUCUGCGUCGGACGGGGGCAGCGAGCCCUUGACGACAGAGGUUUCGCGGGAGCCCAACGACUGGAGUGAUGGGUCCUCCCCUGCUUUCGCGUAUCAGCUCUACCAUGUCUGGGCACGUUUACGAGGCCUUAACCAUGCCUGCGCGCAGGCCAAGCGGAAGGAGUUCGAGCUGAGAGCCUCAGCCUCUGGUGCCGAGGGUCUCGCCUGUGCGUACAUGCUUGGAGCGAACUCCGUCUCCGGGUGCGCAUCCCUCGCCUCGCAUGCUCCACUGCAGUAUCUCUUCAUGCUCGAUCGCAUUGGUGCUCAGGUGUCGCUUUGCUCGCAGCGGUCCUUGGGUGGGGCCGGCGAGGCGGGGCCUGCUGCGCUGGACGCCCUCUUUCGAAGCGGCGUCCGCGUGGCACUGUGCAGCGAGGAUCCCACGGUCUCACACCAGGGCGACGAUCCUUUGGGUCAGGAGUUUAGCCUUGCCCGGCGGUUGCUCAACCUUGGUGCAGCUGAUGCGGCUGAGCUCUGCCGCAACUCCCGACUGCUCUCCGGUUUCGAAGCCCUGCGGAGCGAUUCUUCGGAAGGCGACGAGGACCCAGGGUCCCAGCAUGGCCCAGGGUGCACGGAAGUUGGGUUCACGAAGCGCGAGCAGUUUUUGGCUUUGUUCCGUGUGGUUGCGUGUUUUGUUGGAAAGAGCUCCCCUGCCAGGAUGAUGCCGCAGGCCCUGGCGAGCCUGACAAAUCUAUGA